GCCGUUCUGCAGCGGUUCGCGUUAGUUAGUCCAGGGCCUGUUCGCCGUCGCUCCUGGGCAUUGGGGGCCACACACACACAAGCUGACAAGGCACGGAGGCCCUGGCAAGUCAUCCCACGCUGUCAAGAUGCGUGGCUUGAAACCAAGCAGGGUCGAUCCAUGCCGUAUAUCUCUGGGCCUGCAGCGCUAGGUCGCCUCUCCCCUAGGCUAUCGCCAGAUUUUCAUUCAUAAUGGAGGCUCCGACCCAAUUUUCAGGCUGUUACGGCGAUCCACUCGGCCCAACUUUCCGAGACUAACAACAGACUCGCUGGCUCGACAGCAAACCACACAGCCCACGGGCGGCGCGUCUCACGGUCUGGCCGGUCGUCUGGACUGGCUGACCGGGAGUCAAGGAGGCGAGGCGGCGGGCGGCGGCGCAAGUGAAAAACCACUGCACGCCAUGUCAUGACACGGCGCAGCAGGGGGAGAAGAUGGUUUCUUGGGUCCUUUUCUUGGGCUGAUGGGUCUGUCCCAGCUCACACCACCAACCACAGGGCAACAACGCAGGGAGCUGCAGCGCGGUAGUGAAGGUCGGAUGGAGGGCGAGAGGCCAAGUGAAGGAAGGAGGUCCACACGGCGGCGACUUCCUUGGUCUUGUGGAGGUGACGUUUUCGAUGGGGGGUUUGUCUCCUUCCCGCCCUUUGGGACCCACAAUUGGAAAGCUGUAGACGGGCACUCAGGCACCUGGGCAGGCGGGCAGAUGGCAACGAGUCUUGGAUUAUCCCACAAUGACAUUUGGCACUGACUUUUGAUCUGAUACUGGGUCUAACUCGUGGCUCCCGGCAGCACUGGCAUGCGAUUGAUUGACUAAUCAAGUACUGCAGUACACAUUACCUACCUCCUGACGGUUUGAAGCAGACAGGCAGAACAGGGCAGCAGCCAAAACAAAAUGCCAGUCAUUUAUCUCACCCUGCCCUGUCUCCUCCUGCUCGUCAACGAAAACGACAUCCACCCAUCCCACCUCCCAGUCCCAUCUGCGAUCUGACCACGAUCGUCGGGCACACACAGGCAAGCCUGGCAAGACGACACCCAAGACGACCUUGGCCCACAGCGCCUUCCCUUAUCACACUUGCUUUUGCGGAUACACACAUUCGUUGACUACUCCAUACACCCACCCGUGUUUAUACAUACACCCAUUCACCCAGCCAUUCACCCACUCACGGCUCCGUUGCCCGCCUGCACCUUCCAGCAGCUGUACUCCGUAUCGACCGCCCUCCUCCCCGACCGGGUACCUGCCCCUUACUGGCCAUACCCAUUAUUUAUUGUUUACACUACGCCCGGAAUCCAGACUUCUUCCCCAGACAAUCGGACAAUCAGAGGACCCAGUUCUCGUCCCGGUUCACAGUACAACCACAAAAUCCACCCACCUGGAGAACACAGCAUCCAGGAAACGCACAAUCCCGUCCGGUCGUUUUCUAUUAUUGUAUCAACUGCCCCUUUUGCGCCAGGUCGGCCUUGUAUUCGACCCAUAAAUCUCCCCGUCCUCCCUCUCUCCACCGCCCACCUCGAACAUUCAAGGGAUCUUCACAGCUUGGGACUUCUAAGCCUCUGUGUGCAUUUGUCUCAUCAUCUCUUAUUGGCCUCGACAACAAUCUUAGCCAAAGCCCUUCGCCAGUGGGUCAUCUGCCCUGUGGUGCUCGCCUUUGGGUUCACUGGCCACUGAGUGCCACCUCAAUUCCUACGUCCGGAGUCUGGGACAUUGGGCUUUGGACGAUCAGUGGUGAAACAUAGCACUCCGGGAGCGCAACAUCUGCUGAAUUACCACCUUUUCCUUCUCUCUCGACUCUCGACAGAUCCUCGGGCACGUCCCUCUGGGGACAUUCCCUUGGGUUAUCGUCAUCUCGUUUACUCUCACUUGGCCUCUGGCACAACCUCACCAUGUCGUCCAACACCUCUCCUUCAAGACCGGCCUCUCCCGCUCGAGACGGACAGCCCAGCGCCAGCCAGGCAUACCGGAACCAGCUCAGCCCAAUCAUCACCGUCACCACCCCGCGGGAAAAGAAGAAAAAGGUGGGCUGGGUGGGCAACCCAGAGGAUCGAUCGCCUCCGGACGAAGGCGACUACUUCUCGCAUGUCCCCGUGCCCGACUCUCGCAACAGCACACCCGGUAUUCCAGAUGCCGCCAUAACCAGCCCGGCCCGGAGAGACUCCUUCGAUAAGGAAGAGGUCACCAACGCCCUGGAAAGGAUCCUGAAACCAGAGGACCACGCAGGCCCACAGAUGCCCAACAUGUCAGUUCCCAACCUCCGGCUGCCAAAACCUGUGCUCCGGAAACACAACUACCCCGAAAACCCCGCCGAGCCCGUCGAGGGGCUAUCUCAUCCAUCCGAGAUCGAGGCACGGCACAGGGCUGGCCGCUUGGCCGAGAGUGUCUCUGGCGUGGUCUCGAGGGCAUCACCAGAUGACUCGCCCGUCACGGGAACUUUCGACAAUGUAAGCUUAUUGAAUCAAACGGAUACGCACGACCAUGCGGCGGCCACCGGGGCAGUGAAGCCAGACGAAGAUGUGGAUCAAUCGGGACUGAAAUUCCGCCAGAAGGUCGAGGCAGACGCAGAUAGGCUGGUACGAAGUCACACGAAACGUCGCGCAAACAGGGGCGCCACGAUGGGAUUCGCACAAGCCCACCAGGAGCCAGAUGACAUCCGAUCAGGGACAGCCACACCAGUCGCCUACGACCUCGAGUUUGUUCCGCCUGCUCCGACCAACUACCACGGUGGUAUCCUCGGGACCUUGCUCAAGCUGUACAACCAGGAGGACCGGAACCAUAGCGGCGAAGGGAGCGCUACAACCACCCCUUCCCGCACUCCCAACAGGACGCCUCGCGGCUCACCACCAAGCACUGCGCCUGGCACACCCCGGCCGGAGCGCCCACGCAGCGGAUUGUUUGGCCUGGGAGCCCGCAAUUCCGCGUCCACACUUGCCGAGCUCAUAGGAUCCUCAUCCACGCUUGCAGCACCAGCUACUUCCAACAAGGACUGGUCCGAGAUCGUGACGGACAAGUUGAAGCGCGAGAGGAUUGAGCGUGAGCAACGCCCAAAGAAGGAACACAAGCGGAAAUCCUCCAAGACACCCCAGCAGAAGCUCGAACAACUACAAAUCAAGAAGCACAUCGCAGAGAUCAUCAGCCGUCACAAAUACAUGGUCAAGCUAUGCCGGGCGUUGAUGGCGUUUGGAGCGCCAACCCACAGGCUCGAGGCAUACAUGGCCAUGUCGGCUAGGGUUUUGGCCAUUGAAGGACAGUUUCUCUACCUCCCCGGUUGUAUGAUCAUUUCAUUCGACGACACUCACACCCACACCACUGAGGUCAAGAUUGUCCGGGUUCCGCAGGGCGUGGACUUGGGGAAGCUCCGAGACGUUCACGAGAUCUACAAGCUGGUUGUCCAUGACCUCAUAGGAGUGGAUGAGGCCAUGUCUCGGUUGGAUGCUGUUGUCAACAGGAAGCCCAAGUUCAACAAGUGGAUCCGUGUAAUGACAUACGGGUUGGCCGCUGUUUGCGUUGCUCCCUUUGCCUUCCAGGGCAGAUGGAUCGAUAUGCCUAUCGCGUUUGUAAUGGGCUGUAUCGUGGGCUUGAUGCAGCUUAUCGCGGCGCCAUCCAGCGAGCUGUACGCCAAUGUAUUCGAGACCUCAGCGGCUUUACUGAUGUCUUUCCUGGGAAGAAUGUUUGGUUCAAUCCAGUACAACGGAGAGCACCUGUUCUGCUUCUCGGCUCUCUCACAGGCUUCUAUUGCACUCAUCCUUCCAGGAUACAUGGUCCUCUGCGGAAGUCUUGAGCUUCAGAGCCACAACAUGAUCGCCGGUUCCGUUCGCAUGGUUUAUGCCAUGAUAUACACGCUGUUCCUCGGUUACGGCGUUACCAUCGGAGCAGUCCUUUACGGUCUGAUGGACAAGAACGCAGUGAGCUCAACGCAGUGUUCCAAGCCCCUCAACAGCUAUUGGAACUUGCUUUUCGUGCCGCUCUUCACUCUUUGCCUGUGUGUCAUCAACCAGGCAAAAUACAAGCAGCUUCCCGUGAUGGUCACGAUUUCUUUUGCUGGAUACGUCGUCAACAGCUAUACAAACAAGUAUUUGGAUUCGUCUACCAUCUCCAACACCCUGGGAGCACUGACGAUCGGCGUGCUGGCGAACCUAUAUUCUCGGGUCAGCCGCCCAGCCGAGAACUGGUGGCUGGAAUGGAAGUUGCGAAAGGUGAACAAGGAUGUCGAGAAGGGCAUUACAAAGGCAAACGAGGACCCCGAGACGACGGCCCGCAAGGUGGGCUAUGGUCUGGCAGCAGCGGCCAUGCUGCCCGCGAUCUUCGUGCAGGUGCCUAGUGGCCUAGCUUCGGGUGGAUCUCUGGUCGCCGGCGUGACCAGCGCGAACGCAAUCAUAGGGAACAAGACGGCGGCAGCCUCGACGAUGGGAGCGUCUGAUCUCAACACAGGCGCAUUUACGGUUCUUCUCAGCGUUAUUCAGGUGGCAAUCAGCAUUUCGGUAGGACUUGGACUGGCGGCGUUACUGGUUUACCCCUUUGGGAAAAGAAGGAGCGGGUUGUUUUCUUUUUAGAGCAUUCAUAGAACAGAGAUACCAACAUAGAUCAUGUGAUUACU